GUUGUACGUGUCGUAAUCAAUUGUGCGCCUGGCGGGAAUCUGGGGGUUCUUUGCUUUUGGAGUCGUUUUAAGUUUAAACCCUUUAUAAAAUUUUGUCUGGAAGGUGAUAAAGAUCUUUUAUAGAGAAAACAUGCAGGCUUUUUUGAAAGGAUCUGCACAAAGUGUUAAAGCACAGAAGGACAAAGCCACAGCUUCGAGCAGUGGAGAGAAUAAGCGACAGAAACCAAUGCCAUGGGUGGAGAAAUACAGACCUAAGUGUGUGGAUGAAGUUGCUUUUCAAGAUGAGGUCGUUGCAGUUUUGAAGAAAUCGCUAGAGGGCGCUGAUCUCCCAAAUCUUCUGUUUUAUGGCCCACCUGGAACAGGAAAGACCUCCACUAUUCUUGCUGCUGCCAGAGAGCUUUAUGGCCCAGAGCUUUACAAACAGAGAGUUCUGGAGCUGAACGCCUCAGAUGAGAGAGGGAUUCAGGUGAUCCGGGAGAAAGUGAAGCGUUUUGCUCAGCUCACGGUGGCUGGUACUCGGCAAGAUGGAAAAUCAUGUCCUCCUUUUAAAAUCAUUAUUCUGGACGAGGCGGAUUCUAUGACCGGUGCGGCCCAGGCCGCUCUCAGGCGCACCAUGGAGAAGGAGUCGCGCACAACCCGCUUUUGUCUCAUCUGUAACUACGUCAGCAGAAUCAUCGAGCCUUUGACGUCCCGCUGCUCCAAAUUCCGCUUCAAACCUCUCGGCAACCAGGUUCAGCAGGAGCGUCUGGAGGAAAUCUGCGAGAAGGAGAAUCUCAAAUACAGUAAAGAGGGGAUUGAUGCGCUGGUCAAGGUGUCAGAGGGAGAUCUCCGGAAAGCUAUAACACUCCUACAGAGCACAGCCAGACUCAGUGCAGAGAAAGAGAUCACAGAGAGCAUCGUUAUCGAGAUCGCAGGGGUGGUUCCACCCAAAGUGAUUGAGAAUCUGCUUCAGACUUGCUACAAAGGCAACUUUGAAAAAUUAGAGAUUGCUGUGAAGAAUAUGAUUGAAGAAGGCUACGCUGCUACACAGAUCCUCAGCCAGUUCCAUGACAUUAUCAUCGAGGAGAAAUUGGGGGAUAAACAGAAGUCUGUCAUCACAGAAAAGAUGGCUGUUGUUGAUAAGUGCUUGGUGGACGGAGCUGAUGAAUACUUGCAGCUGCUGAACCUCUGCUCUGUGAUCAUGCAGCAGGCUACACAGAGCACUUGAGCUCACUACAGACCUUCAACAUAUGCUCUUUAUCUCACAGAAAUUUGAUUCAUUUUGUACAUUUAAAAGAAAUUUGUAAUUAAAAAUGUUCUCUUACACUUUCUUGUUUUUUUGUGUCUCGUGAUAUAAAAGCACAUUUCCAAAAGUUUUAGUUCUAGGUUCUAGGUGUUUCUUGUCCAAGUGAAACAUUUUACUGAGGGUUUAUUUUUUAUUUUUUUGGGUCUGUCACUGCAUUUUAUUUGAAGAUUACAGAUAAAUGAGACUAAGCUUUAUCUGUAUGUCCUUCAUAUAUAUGUAUAUAUAGCUAUAUGUGUUUUUUAGCUUGCACUGCUAAUUCUGGUCUCUUUAGGGGUUGAAAUGCAAUUUUAUUAUGCCAUUGUGACACUGUUCUAUCUAUUGUACUUAUCAACUGAAGUACUGUGAAAAAAAAAACAUGUUUAUCACUUCACUCAGCUUUGUUACUAAAAGCUUUAUUUUCAUGUGUUUAUAACCAGGUGCUUUACCAGUAUUUGCUUAUAUAAAUAUAUAAAUAUAUAUAUAUAA